AUGUCUACCCCCAUCUUCUUCCCCACAGAGGUAUGGAAUGGCAAGCAAAUCCAGUUCACCCACCCUUCCGCGUCGACCUGGACCAUCGACGCUAAGAUCGGAGACGAAACCUGCCUAUGGACGAACCGUGACGAAACCGCCAAUGGUAAAGGCUCUGUGGCAAUAUGCACCUUCGCAUGUCACCGUCCCAAUGAUAACGUCCAGGCGACGAUGCAAGUCUCUAUGCAAAUCCGCUAUCGGGGCUCGGAAUUUCUCCCCGCCAGCAUGCGUCGAAAUCAAGCAUCAGAAAAGCUCACCUUCGGCGUACACUUGCAGCUUGAAGCGCACGAAUUGCUACUAAAGAGUCAGUGUGAGCAUGCCCCCCAGGACCUUGGCCUGCGUCGUGGAAAGCAAGACGAGGACGGCCUCGUCCCCGGGGGCUCAGUGGUUUACUUGGUCGUGAGCAACGUUCCGGGUGUCGUUCUAGGUGAGCCGACAGUCACCUGGAAAGACGCCAUUGAUAUACAAGAUGGGAUCUUCUGGGGCCUUGAAAGAGAGGAUAGAGACCGGAUCCGUCUUGCCUUCGAAACAGCGUACAGGUAG